GAGAGAGAGAGAGAGAGAGAGAGAGUGAGUGAGAGGGAGGGAGAGAUCUUCAUUGAUUAUGCCUAUAUACUGUUGGAGGCUGGCUACGGGAGUUCCAUAUGUCCCGGGAAACGGAAGAGUAAUCCACAAGUUCACGUCCAAUCAUGUAGGAAGUGUGCUCUUCUUCCACCACCAGAACUCAGCAAAACACAUUUUCUCUGUACCCAAGUUCAAUCAGAGUUAUUCUUCUUCAAUAAUAGAGGAGCAGAAAAAUCUGGGCGAUGCAUCUGCCGAGCCAGAAAAAUUUUACAAGGAACUGGAUGUUGCUGUCAGAGCUGUACAAAUGGCAUGUUCUCUUUGCCAGAGAGUGCAAGACAGUUUGAUUUCCAAAAGCAAAGAUCAGGUCCAUUCCAAGGAUGACAGUUCUCCUGUCACUAUUGCAGAUUGGAUUGUCCAAGCAGCUAUCAGCUGGUUACUAUCUGAGUCUUUUGGGAGAAAAAAUGUGUCCAUUGUUGCUGAAGAAGAUGUUAAAAAACUCUCCAAGGCUGAUGCAUCUGGACUUUUAGCAGCUGUAGUGAACACUGUGAAUGAAUGUCUAGCUGAAGCUCCUCGUUUUGGAUUUCAAGGUCCAGAUAUGGCUCUUGGGACCUCAGACGUGCUUGAAGCUAUCAGUCAUUGCAACUCAUCUGGUGGUCCUACUGGAAGAUUUUGGACACUUGACCCUGUUGAUGGAACCCUGGGGUUUGUGCGUGGGGAUCAAUAUGCUAUAGCUCUAGCCCUGAUAAAGGAUGGAGAAGUUGUGCUUGGAGUUCUUGGGUGUCCGAAUUACCCAACGAGAAAGGAAUGGCUAAGUUAUCAUCACCGAUUUCAUAGAAUUAAAACUAAGUUGACUCCACCAACAUCUGAUUCUUGGCACCAAGGUUUAGUGACUUAUGCUCUGAAGCACAGUGGCAGGGCUUGGAUGCAACCACUGCUUCAUGCUAAUAAGAAGUUUGUGUGGCCAAACUCUGCAAGGCCAGUUUGCGUUUGUUCCAUUGAUGAUCCAGCAUUAGCAACAUUUUGUGAACCAGUGGAGAAAGCAAAUUCAAGCCACUCCUUCACAGCAGGACUAGCUCACACCAUGGGGUUACGUGCCUAUUCUUUUAUUUCAUUCUCUUUAAGAAACUUAUGUUUUCUUGGGCUUAUAAUUUCUUUCUUUUCUUUACAUUGUACUCAUCUUUCAUUAACACAUGCUUCAGUUGAACAGUUGAAAAUCUCUAAGCUCUCUCUCCUAUAAAUAUAAUUAAAGAUGAAAAUAGGUCGUAGCCCGUAGGGGUACAAUGCAGAGCAGAAAGCUCAUAUUAAACCAGACGGGGUCAGAAAAUGAGACAGCGACCCUGCUUUCUUAACUUCAGUAGGUGAGAGAGAAUCAUCAUGUUAACUGGAUAUAUCGAAGAUUUAUGCAAGUCCAGGGCAUGUAAGUCCUUUGAAAAGAAAGUGAGACACACCUGAAAAGCCCUCUGGGUGCAACCGUUUGUUUUUUUUUUUUUUUUUUUUUUUUAAACGGAAUGUACAGAGCUUGCGUGCUCUGAACUUGUAUCGAACAUUACUCAAAGAAGAUAGAGCAUCAAAUUGCACAUUUUGGCAGAUUGAGAGAGGUCUGAUAUCAUGAUUUAAUGACUGGAAGCAACCACUUCGAGUAUACAGUAUGGUCAAGUAUGCUGCUAUAGCUCGUGGGGAUGCUGAGAUUUUUAUGAAGUUUGCAAGGGCUGGCUACAAGGAGAAAAUAUGGGAUCAUGCUGCAGGAGUUGUUAUCAU